UUCUAUUCAUUCGAGUGUAUUAUCGCUGUCUCAUUACCAUAAACACGAGCUUUAUCCGCGUUUUAUAUAUACACGAAAAAGUGUGUUUGGUUUAAACCGAAACAAUAAAAAAUGACAGGAAUUGAACUUGUUUUGUCAAUAGAGACGAAACUUGAAACUUGUUUUAAAAGUUGCACAAUUAAUCAAGUGUAUCUAGACACAUACGUUAGACAUACAUGUGUUGUGUCAAAUAAUAGUUAAUAUAGUAAAAUGUUGUUAAAUCGAUGUAUAUUUUUGAACUGAAUAAAGAUUGUAUUGGUAAUCCAUAAUUCAGAGUCCCGGUGGAAUUGUUAUAGGAACGUAUCUACCCUCGUCGUGCAUUUAUAGCAAGGUAUCAAUGGACUAGAGAAAAACUUCAGGAGAAAAAAAACUCCUUUGGAAUAAGCGUAUCAGUAAAAUGGUGCUGUGUUGUGUAUGUCUUUUGAAUUGGCUUCAUUUCUGUCCUCAUCAAGGUGAUGGAAAAAAAUGUUUCUAACUCUACACCAAUAACAUUUUAACAUUGCUUGGUGACGUUUUACACUAACCAUUGGCUUAGGAACUACUAACCAGCGUUUGUUUUCUUUCGCAGUGGCUAAUUAAAACUGAGUAACAACUGCUUAUACACAAAAUAUCACCCUACUCCGAUGCAAAACCCCAUCUUUCUGAACAAAUACGCCCCGCUGAAAUGCUACGGUUGUACAAUUCGUGGCAUGAAGUACAAUUAAAAUUAUUUUCUUCUCAGGCUUGCCUAAUGUAAAACAUCUUUACAUGAUCUGUAGCGGUUCUGAAGUGGACAGUAUCUUAUAUUAUUUGACCGCAUAUUGCUAUCAAACGGUUCAAUGACUCCAUUUGAUUAAUUUUGGUGGCUGCAAAAAGAAGCCAAACUUACAUGUGUAUUUCAACAUAUUACCUGCACUGGCGCGUAAUUAAAUACUAGUAGGUGUAAGUGAAUUACUCUUACGGACGCUUUAAGGUUUGUUUACUUGACAAGUGGCAGACGUUCUUGGUGUCAGUAUUGUUAUGAAGUCGCUUAGAAACUGUACAAAAUCGCACAAAAUCUAUAAGCUCAAUGUAUUCAACGACUCAGCAUUGAUGAUAAAUUAUGUCAGCAUUAACAGGUCAUACUUGAUUUAUAACCCUGGCGGCCAUUAAAAUGCCAUCUUUUACAUUCAAACGGAGAUUUGGAUUCAUCGUCAUACUGAGCAUAAGUGUUAUCAUCCUAUAUACAUUAUUUACAUUUAAAGAACAUACUGAUCAGUCGCAAAGUGUUCGUCCUCAUAUUAUAGAACCAGACAAAAUGAAAAUGAUCCAAGUUGAGCCCAUUCUUAAAACUGGUGAAAAACAUAAAGAUCCGGACGUUAACAAAACAAUGUAUAAAAAUAGAACAAUUUGGAAGAGCUUACCACGAGGAACACAAAUGGGUGAGCAACAAGUAGCCGCUAUAACAAAAGUUCUUCCACAAAAUGGUAACCUACUUGUUUGGGGACUUGGAAACGAUAGUCCCUUCUGGCAUGACAUUACACAAGGCAAAGUUAUCUUCAUUGAGCCAAAAGGUUUCUGGUUUGAUAAAAUGAAAAAUUCAUAUCCUUAUUUGGAAGCAUAUCCAGUAAAAUAUACUACUGUGACUGAAAAAUCCUUUGAAAAAUAUAUAAACAACCGAGAAAUUUGGUCUGACCUUGAUCUAAGACCAGAGUUACCACUAGUUGUCACUCAGACGCCAUGGGAUGUAAUAAUUGUAGACGCGCCACCUGGAUAUAAAGGCGCGCCGGGAAGAUACCAGUCUAUUUACACGUCAUCGUUAAUUGCUAAGAAUGGUACACACAUUUUCGUUGACGACUACGAAAGGAAGGUUGAAAGAGAAUUUUCGCUUAAAAUGUUAGGAACACCAGUUGGAGUUGUUCAUCGAAAGGCCAAGGGGAUCAUAGGUGCGAAUCAACAGGCUCAUUUCAUAUAUAUCAAGAGGAGAUAAUUGACUAAACAUGAAUUUAGUUGAAUUUUAAAAACCAAUAAAUAUUAGAAAAUGUCUAAGUCAAUUAUUGCUGAGCUUUACGGCUAUAGUUUAAGCGUACCCGUACUGUGACCGUACGUAAACGUGAGUACUUCGACGUAAUUAACUUUCCGUUCGUAAUGCUUCACAUUUAGUUUUCAUUUAAAAAUUGCAAAGAUCUAAACAGCCGUUUUCAAGGUAGUAUAUUCUGUAUUCUGCUCUUCUCGAGGUAUGUAUUUCACAGAUGGCCAUUCCUUCGCAGCUAUUUUACGCAUGCGAAAAACUUCUUAUUUCUAUUUACUGUGAUGUGAAAAUACUAUGUAAUAAAUGGAAAUAAAAACUCGAUGUCUGGAUGUGUUUUACUAUAUUUCCACAAUGCCAUUUGUAUAACCGGUUGACAUUAACUAGCUGCACACAAAAUCUCGUAAGUUCUAAUAGA